AUGGCGGACGUGAAGGCGCUGGAACAUCCAACUCUCAAGGUUCCAUACGAAGUAUUGAACAAGAAGUUCCGCACUGCCCAGAAAAAUAUUGACAGAGAAGUUGCCCAUAUUCAGACUGCAACCUGUGAUUUGGAGAAGUGUCUUCAACAACAACCUUCUACUGGAGAAGUCAACAAAAUGCUGGAUGGUGUGGUGGAAAAACUCACUUUGUUGAAGCGAAAGGCUGAGGAGAGUGUGGCUGAUGAAACUGAAGCUGCAAAGGCGUGCAAGAGAAGAGUGGACCACUUGAAAGAGUUUGAAAGGCUAAGUGUGACUGCCCAAAACCAGUGGAAGAAGAAACGCCUUGAUCGAAUGCUGGUGGACUACUUCCUGAGAUCUGGCUACUACAAUACUGCGCUGAAAUUGGCUCAGGACUCAAGUAUAGAGGAUCUGACCAACAUCGAGCUGUUCCUGAUCAGCAAGGAGGUGGAGGAAUCCCUCAUGACAAAGGAGACUGCGAAAUGUCUCACCUGGUGUCAUGACAACAAGUCAAAGCUUAGGAAAUUAAAGAGCUCUUUGGAGUUCAAUCUGAGACAGCAAGAAUUCAUUGAAUUGAUCAGGUGCAACAAGAGAAUGGAUGCAGUCAGGCAUGCUAGGAAAUUCUUCACCAACUUAGAAGAUAACCAGUUGUUUGAUGUGCAAAGAGUGAUGGGGUUAUUAGCGUUUCCUAGUGAUACAAAUGUCUCCCCCUACAAGGAAUUGCUAGACACGUCUCGUUGGGAAUCUCUGGUGCAACAGUUCAGAUAUGAGAACUUCCGACUCCAUCAGCUGAACACGUAUUCUAUCUUCGGUGUGUGCUUACAAGCUGGCCUGUCUGCUCUCAAAACGCCCCAAUGCUACAAGAAGGAUCAAGAAACUCGCAAUCCUGACUGCCCAGUUUGUAGCAAGCACUUGAAUGAGCUGGCCCGAUCGCUUCCAUUCUCCCACUGUUCCCAAUCAAGGCUGAUCUGUGCAAUGUCGGGCAAGUCUCUAAAUGAACACAACCCACCUAUGAUGCUACCAAAUGGAUACGUCUAUGGUUGUGAUGCUUUGUCGAUCAUGGCUGCCGAGAAUGAUGGCAAGGUGGUUUGUCCAAGGACAAAGGAGGUCUACACUCUCGACGAAGUCGACAAAGUGUUUGUGAUGUGAUAUUUGACAAUACUUGUUUUAAUUUUUGAGAAGCUGUCAGUUCAGAGAUGAUAACUCUAGAAAAUUGCUGUAAUUUGCCCUUUUUUUCUUCUUUGGUUCAUAAGGGUACUGUACACCGAUUUUGUUGCAUCGAUUAUGACUGCGAUAAGAGAUGGACCACAAGUUCGUUCACUUGGUCUCAUUAUGGAUUGUCAUUAGUUCUGGAAGUUAAAGUAGGAAACACUCCAGUUCAUUGUGUGCAUCACUGAGUUCCUGUGGAGAGGGCAGUUCUUUAUUGCAUGCCAAAUGUUUGCUUUCUGACAUAUAUCAGCAGUUUCUCUACAGUAGUGCCAGUCUAACAGUACCUUGGGCUUCUAUUAAUUUAAGGCUCAUUUAAAGGGAAUUCCUUUUGAUGUCGUAAUUAUUUUUUUCACCCUUCUUUCUUGUCUAUUCAUAGACUUCAACUGGUGUCAAAAUGAUCCCAACUCAUCCAACCCCAUAGCAAAAAUGAGUGUAAAGGUCCCUAUGAACCAAAGAACUUUUUUAAAUGGCUUUAUAUUCUGCUCAUUGUUUUUCAGACUGGAGAUACAAUUUCCAUAUUGUUGUAGAUUUUUCUGUGGGUGUUCCUGGCUUACUUAAAGAAAGCACAUGAAAGGUUAAUUUCUUAAACAAGGUCAAUUCAAGUCAGCGAUUUUCUGAUUUACAUUCCUACUCCCACUUUUGUGACAGUUUUAAAAUUUUUGUUUUUUCUGGGGAAAAGUGUCCAUGCAAGCUAUCAGUUUGAAAUGAACUGUUGAAGUGUCAAUGGGGGAAGAGGACUUUUGAUAAGUACCUUCGGAUAGCACAGCUAGAAAGGUACCGUUUCACUGGUUGUACAAGCAUUGUAACGACAACACCAACAGCUGAUGACUUCAUGUUGGCUGUUGUUAGUUUAAAAACGAUUUGUAAAGCUUUGAUAUUGGCCAUAAGUGAGAUUUAUGUAGACUGAUCUUUCUUUUCUACCAGAGACACACCAAACAUCAUUUGCUGCAAUAUAUUGUGCAAAGGUUAAAGGGCAUUGAAAAUAUGUGUUGUAUCAUCUGUAACUAUUCAUAGAACUAGACAUUAGAAUGAUGGUGGCGCUAGUUUCAAAGUUUAAUGUUCUUAGUAUUAAUGCAUGAAGAGUAAUGUUUUCAAGAGAUUUAAUACAUGAUAUUCAGCAGAUCUGAGUCAACGGUUAGAAUUAGAAAUCAAGGUCUAUCUGCAGAGAGUUCAUCUUCAGUCCAGUAAGCCUAAACUUUUCCUUUUAGCGCUGAUGAUGCUUGGGACAGUAUUCAAUUUUUUUAAGGAAAGUUGGCCUGAAGGUUGUUGGGUAUCAAGUUAAGUUGGACUACAAAUGUCCAAUUCUAGGAAUUGUAACUGUUCUGUUGGAUAUUGGAGAAGAAAUUAAAAUCAUUUUGUGCAUUUUUUAUGCGGUGGUUUUUUGAUGAAAAGCAUCAAAAUACUCCUUUAAGUGUAUUUAAUAAAGAUUUUUUAUAUGAUACAUCA